AUGUCACAGCCAACAUUGAACAGCCACCCCGGCAAGAAAAGCCUGUUUAAGAGAGCUUUUCACAACAAAGUCCGGACGGGAUGCAGAACAUGCAAGAUCCGCAGAGUUCGAUGCGACGAAGAAAAACCAUUUUGCAAGCGAUGCACCACGACGGGCAGAGCUUGCGACGGAUAUGGCACCUCUCUAGCGGGCCCGCUGCCAACGACUACGGGUCCGGCCGGGAAUAUCUUGAAAUCAAAUGCAACUGCUGACCUGCCCCUCGUCGGUACCGGUAAGCCGCUUCCUGAAUCACGCAGCUUUGCAUAUUUCCUGGACGUUACGGCACCGUCUCUCGCCGGUGCCCUGGAUACUAGAUUCUGGAUCAAAGAGAUCCCGAUGAUGUGCCAACAAGAUCAUUCUAUCUGGCAUGCCAUCGUCGGCCUUGGCUGCGCUCACGAGCUAUACAUCUCCGGUAUACCUCCCAGCAAACCAAAUAUAUUCACCUUACAGCAAUGCAACUUGGCAAUCCGGUCUCUGACAGCGUCAUACUCCAGGCACUCCUGGUGGAAAGCACUUACUGUCAGUACCAUUUUAACCUGUAUCUGUGUCCUUGAAGGGGAUUAUGAUCAAGCACAAAUGCAUUUCGGGGCAGGAUACAACCUUCUUCGUGAAGUCGACGUGGAACAGGGCACAGGCCCGGAGAGCACUCAGGGUCGUAAUGGUGGCCACCAAAAGCCUCUGUCGUCUCCCAUAUCUCUCGUGUCUCUACGAUCAAUCUUGAUUGGUUUCGAGAUGCGGGUGGUAAAACUUAGCGGACGCAGAGUCUCGAAACUCCCGAGCCUCCUGAGUCGAGACAACAGCUUAAACCUGUGGAGACGAUAUACAGCGAAGGAGCCCACAGAAACCUCAAGUCACUCUCUUACACACGAUGCCCUGAGCAAAGCCAUAACUGCUGCCGAGUCGCUUUUCAUGGAGAUGGCGGUGUCGCGACGCCGACAUCUUCAGCAUGUAAAGAAACUGUAUGAUGAAGAUCGACGCCAUAUUCUGCGGGUAUGGGGGCAGCCCGAGUACGACGAGAUCGAGGCAUACUGCCGGUCUUUUAGAGAAGUCCACACGAUGCUCGCACUUCUUGGUGCCAAAGUGGAACUAGCUUCAACCCAGGGGAGCCGAAAGUCAAAACUAGGAGAGUUUAAGAAGGCUAUUCUGUCUCUCCGCCUGAUCCAUUCAGCGAACCAAAAAAACCUGCAGCAAGCACUACAAGGAUCUACUCGGUCAACUUGCGAUCGGACCCAAUCAGAUCUUGACACCGCUAUUUGCGAUCUCGCAGAGGAAGCAAUGAGCCUCGAGAGAACGUAUGGGUGUAAACGGAGCACCAACUCGACCAUAAUGAAUCCCCUAUUCACGGUUGCACAAGGGGGAACCACCCUGGCCGCCCGUCGCCGCGCGACUGCGCUGCUGAGAAUACCGCGCACAGAGGGUCUGUGGGACACGAUUCUGUCCGCUAGUAUGGCCGAGGCUAUCCUGUUGAGGGAGACCACAGCAACACAAAAGUAUUCAGAUAACGAAGAAAUACGAGACCUUCUUGCACGAAUACGCCUGUCAGAGGAUUUGGGGGGAGGUGGAGGACUUUUCUUCGAUGGUGAAAUCCAUCCUCUGGCGCGGAUAUGUCAACUUGAUGUGUCACUUGGCCAAGGCAGAAGUGGGACAAUCAGAUUGGCGACAUGGUGGGAGUACCUCGAGGAGAGGCCCGCCCAAGACUUCGUCCUCCAGUGGUAG